UGUCGGUUUUCUGCGGCAGCGAAUGAGAAGAAGAAAAUACGGAAGUACGGCUCCCAAACAUAUUCCCGUUGGAAGAGUAAAAUACUGCAGAUUGCCGUAUUUGCUUUGAAACGAAGCAUAUCUUGGACUAAAUAUUCAAUCUCAAUAAGACGAUGGGGACUAGAGACGAUGAAUACGAUUAUUUAUUCAAAGUGGUCCUUAUUGGGGAUUCGGGUGUGGGGAAGAGUAACCUGUUGUCCCGCUUCACCCGCAAUGAGUUCAACCUGGAGAGCAAGAGCACCAUCGGAGUGGAGUUUGCCACGCGGAGUAUCCAGGUGGAUGGCAAGACGGUGAAGGCCCAGAUAUGGGACACAGCGGGUCAGGAGCGUUACCGAGCCAUAACCUCAGCAUACUACCGCGGGGCCGUUGGUGCUCUCCUGGUCUACGACAUCGCCAAGCAUUUAACUUAUGAGAACGUGGAGCGCUGGCUGAAGGAGCUGAGGGAUCACGCCGACAGCAACAUCGUUAUCAUGCUGGUGGGCAACAAGAGUGACCUGCGCCACCUCAGGGCUGUUCCCACUGAUGAGGCCCGCGCUUUUGCUGAGAAGAAUGGCUUAUCUUUUCUGGAGACGUCGGCUUUGGACUCCACCAACGUAGAGACGGCCUUCCAGACCAUUCUGACAGAGAUUUACCGUAUCGUCUCCCAGAAGCAGAUGUCGGAGCGCCAGGAGAGCGACAUGUCUCCCAGCAACAACGUGGUUAAUAUCCAGGUGCAGCCCACUGAGAACAAACCAAAGAUGCAGUGCUGUCAGAACAUCUAGCCCAGCCUCAGACCCGCUACUAUCUCUCCCCCCGAUUCCCCCAUUUCUCCCUCUCCUUUCCUCCCUCGCUCCCCGUCAACCUUAAGCCCCGCCCUCGGAUAAUAGACUGCCUCGACAUACUGUUUGGCGUGUGGGGAACGAGCCGCAGCUUCGAAGCCGUGACCUGAUCUCUGCACCUACCUCCUCCUGCUAACCCUGUUCUUCCCCUUCCCCCGGUAAAUAUUCUCCCAGUUUAGGAUGAACCCACGUGGGGCGGCCCUCCCUACGCAGAGCCCCGUUGUCUUUAGACUACUGCAGGACAGCAAGCAGCAGGCAUUUCAUAUCACGUUAGAUUUCAUUACUGCAGAUGCGCUGACAUGUCACAAAAAUGUCUUAAUAUAUGAAUGUGAUUUGUUUUCUUCUUCUCAAGCUCAGUGCUCCGGUUGAUUUCUCACCUUUUUUAAUGUCUUGUAUCAUAUAUCUGCUACUAAAUCUGAAUUUAAAGCUUUGCCUCUGUUAUUUUAGCGCCCCUCACCUCCUCUUUAGUGCAAUGUACUGUUUUGGAAACUACGUGGAUGUAUCGAGCACAUUGCGGACGUUUGCUCCGGUAGUGUCAUGCUGUUUGAUGUGAUUUCUGUGAAUAUGACGCCGGACUCUUUUACAUUUGUUGAGCUUCAGUUAGUGGAAAGGCCAGGGGAGUAUAGCUAGCAUGCGGCGCGCAGCCUGGUAAACCUUGUCGGCAUCGUCGCUGCAUUUGCAGCAGGUGACGGGUUCGUGACAGCGUGCCGAAGAUGGACCCGUGACGCCAGGUGGUUGACUUGAACUGGACUAAACGUGGAACACUAUCAUCAUUUUAGGAAGCCUGAACAGGAAGCCUGUGCAUUUGAAUCAUCAUGUUCUAUUUUAAGUGGCUGCACACCGAGUUACUCACGCUCAAGUUGAACGGGACUGAACACAGAAUAAAUCUAACAGGCUUUUUUGCUCAGCAUUAAGAAAACAUGCAUUAAUUUCCAACAUAUUUGACCACUAUGCAGAAACGAGCACAUGGCUGUUUGGGUUUUUUCCUCUAAUGCGACUUCUAUAGCAAGCGAAGGAAAAAGACGUAUGAGUAAAGUAGCUGAUAGCAGUCUUGUAUGACAUUCCUAUUAUAGUCAGUAAUCUUAUAAUGUGAAGUUUCCUGUUGUCUAGCCAAUUCUGCUUUGCAUGUAACCACAGUACUGUAGUUAAGACACACUGAGAAAGUAGGAAGAUGUUUUUCGAGGUUUGAUUUGCUUAAUAAAUCAUGCACUUAAGCGUACGAGCUGAUCUAGUAAACAUGCUUACUUAUUUAGGAUUAGGCUUUUGCUGCACAUACACAAUUUGGACCUCUUUUGCCAGUUUGGGACGCCGGGUCUGUUUAAGAACCAAAAAGCGACGCGGAGUCUGAACCGAACCUGAUGUAGUGUGACAUUGCUCCUCUGGCAAACAACAAAAAUCAGUGGCUUAAGCUUGUGGCCAACUCACGAACGCCUCCUCGACCUGUGGAGACCGCUUCUCAUACGCUCGCUAACAGCUCACCGUUGUGUCCGCCUCCUCAUUAACCAAGCUUUGUGUGUCUCUCGAGGAGGAGGACGGCCAUGUUGCCCCCGUCACAUAAAGCCUACGCACACCAAGCUGCCUCUGACUUCAACACAAUGCAUGGCUUUGUGUACGACUGCACCUCCACAUUGUAUCGCCUUAUGUAGCUACAUUGUCAUUACCGUUUAUGAAAUCUUGAUGGUUGGUUAGGCUUGGCUAACUAAUACGACACGCUUAACGAGUUAGCUCAGUUUAACCUGUAACUGGCAGGCUCCUGCUAAAAGCCUUCAAGCUGAAAUUUCAGGUUCUAGCAGACAUAUACAAAGCCCCAACUUGGUGUAUGUGUCUAGCAGCAGAGGGUAAAUGGGUAACUCCAGAAUGUGCGAGCUUUAGCUGGCCGUGCCAAUGGCGUUUUAUCGAACAGACGGCACUGUCCACUGGGCCUCCCCAGACUCGACAGCAGGAAAUCUGUGGACAAAGCAAUUUCUUCUGACAAUAUGAUUUCUUGUUUCACGUACCUUUGUUGUCUUCAUUUCUCCCUGUGUGUGUAUGUGUGUGUGUUUCUUUGUUUUUUUAAAUAUGUGUUUUGAUUUCUUUCUUUUUUUUUAACUGUUGAAUUCUAUAACUGACUGUAAUUUCAGUGUAAACACAUAAGUGAGAAAUUAUGUCAUUUCAAUGAAUUUGGAGCGUUAAAUAUGAGAACGGGUCAAAAUGAACGGUUUUGUUUUGUACAGAUUGAUAAAUUGUACAAUUGUGUCUAUAUCUUAAGUUAUCAAUUCAUCUUAAUAAAGCGCACCGGUCAAAAAGC